AUGCCAACAACUUCACCACCACCAUCCACAAGUCAAGCACCAUACCAAUCUGCUGCACCACAUAUCACAAUAGUAGAGAAAAAUAUAACCGAUCAAUCUGCAGAUAUAAUUGUGAACAUUACUACAGCAUAUGCAGUAAAUAUUGUUGAUGGCUCCGCUGUAUCCAGAUCUAUUCAUGAGGCUGCUGGCAAACAACUACAGAAAGAGUGCAAUAAUAUUCCUGAAGCACUGAAAUGCACUUGGGGAGUGGUGGGAACAAACGGAUACGAUCUACCAUGCAAGAAAAUAUGCCAUGCAAUGAUUGCUGAGUGGGACUUUAAUGAUGAAAUUACAAGCAGAUCUCAUGUAAAGGAAGUUGUAGCAAAAUGUUUGGAGAUGGCAAAUACAUAUGGGCAUACAAGCAUUGCAUUUCCACUUGUAGGUUGUGGGAGCUUUAACAUUCCACCCUAUGUACUGGUAGAGUCAAUACAAGAAGAAGUCAAUGCAAAAAGCAUCAAUACAUCUCUGCAGCAUGUUUAUGUUGUUGUGCCACCUUCAGAACCAUAUUUAACCCAGAUGUUUAAAGAUAAAUUACAGACAAAUGCUGCUAGCACUUCUGUAAAUUUUAGCAUUGAUGUUUACUGUGGUAACAUUGAGCAACAACAUGUAGGUGUGAUUGUAAACAGCGUUGGUGCAACUAUGGACUUAAUGAAUUCUGGUUUACUUUCACAAUGUAUAGUUCAACAAGGUGGUGAUGUGAUAUUGCAGCAGUUUAAUGACAUGAAGCGAAAAUAUGCAAGCUCUGCAAUCAGAGUAACAGAUGGUGGUAACCUUCCUUGUGAUGUUGUUAUUCAUGGUGCAACUAGUAAACUUGGUAUUGUUUCACUUGUCACUAAAUCUCUGUUUAUUGCUGAGGCUCUGGGAAAAUCUACCGUUGCUAUUCCAGCACUAGGCACCGGAGCUAUGGGGAAACCACCAUCAGAAUGUGCAAAAUUAAUAAAACAAGGGAUUACUUUGUUUGAGAGGCAAACCCCGUUUUAUGUAAAGAAUGUAAAAGUGGUGGUGUUUCAAAAAGAUAUGGUAUCAGAGUUUAAAGUCAACCUACACUCAACUACAGCUCUAUCAACAAGUGGCAUAAUUGCAUUAGGGCCGAUAGUUAUACGUGUUUUUAAUGGAGAUAUAACAGAACAAAUGUCUGAAGUUUAUGUUAACAGUGUUUCAAAAAAUAUGGACUUGUUUGAAUCAGGACCACUGGCAAAAGCUAUAACUGAAGGGGCAGGAGAUUCAAUUCUGGCGCAGUUUUACGACUCACAUCGAAAAUUUGCAACUGACUGGAGAAGAGUAACAGAGGGUGGUAAUCUAAAGUGUGACAUCAUAAUACAUGUGUCACCGAGAAAAGCUGGAAUCACAAAGUGUGUCAAAAAUGCUCUAAAAAUAGCUGAAAAGUUUCAGAAGUCGUCCGUUACCCUCCCAGCUCUUGGAACAG